AUGGGGGCAGGACAGGUGUGGCACGCGGGAGCCCGCAGCUACGGUGUGAUCCCGCAAAUUCUGGAAAGGGGAACCCGUUUCCAGCGCGGGCCGGUGCCGCUGCCGAUUGGGUGGCCGGGUCGGAGCCGCUUCCCCCGCGCCUCGCUGCGGUGGCGGCCGCAUCCGCUCACAGCCCUGCUGCGCUCGGCUCGGCUCUCGCUAGCGAACGCGCUGCUGCCGCGGCUGGCCUGGGGCUGGGGGGGGGGGCCCCGGCCCGCCGCUGCCGCCUCCGAGGGGAGCCAGCACCAGGGCAGCAGGAGCUGGUCGGUCGCUCAGCAGCGGCUGGGGGAUGAGCCCUCCCCGAGGAUCGAGGACUGCCUGCCCCCGCUGGAGGAUUCCCCGUCCAAGAGGUUCUCCCCCUCCAAGCGAAAGCAGUAUUAUAUCAACAAGGCCAUCCGCAACUCGGACCUCAUCCCCAGGGCCAAGGGGCGCAAGAGCCUGCAGAGGCUGGAGAACACUCGCUACCUGAUGACACUUCUGGAGCGAGAUGAAUGUGGGAGUGACGAGGGAGAGCUCGCCCACUCCGCCACCCCGAGCAUCUUCACCGAGGCCUGUAACAACGAGACCUACGUGGAGAUCUGGAACGACUUCAUGAACCGGUCAGGAGAAGAGCAAGAGCGAGUCCUGCUCUACCUGGAGGAGGAGGCCAGGAAGAAGCACAAGAGGAAGCUGCCCGUCAAGAACGAAGACAAGUGGAAAGGGAGCCCCCUGCACACGCCCAAGGAGUGCUUCCAGCGCAUCAGCCGCCGCCUGCGCUCCACCCUGAAGCGGGGCCGGAUCCCCAUGGGGACGCUGGAGGGUCUGGAGGAGGAGCUGCUGGCCUUCUUCUCCGUCACCCCUCACUCUGUCUACACAGCACUGAUGGACAACAGCUUCGAGCGACUCCUGCUCCAUGCACUCUGCCAGUACAUGGACCUUGUCUCUGCCAGUUCGGACAUCGAAGGGAAACGUCAAAUGAAAGUGAGCAACAAACACCGUGUCUUCCUGCCCCCCGAGCUCCUGCUCUCAGACUACCUGGGGCAGAUGAGCUGAUACCCCGAGGGUCGUCCUGCCCCUCGCUUGGUGCGCCGAAGGCUUCCUUCAUCUGCUCCUGGCCUCUCCCAGCCCCGCUGUCCCCUCAGGUCUGGCCCGCUGCCCGCCCUCCCCCCCUUGCCCGAGCGGGGUGCAGUGCGGACCAGCCCCCUCCUCGCACCCUCCUUGAGGGGCUCGUCCCUUCCCCUCCUCCAAGAGCAGAUGCUUGAUGGUGCAGAGCCGGGGGCUCACGGCUGCGCCCAGCCGGCUCGUGGAGCAGUGCUGUGCUUCCCUCGGGGCGCCGGGACUCACGCCUGCGGGGCGGCAGGCGGCGUGGCCCUGCCAGAUAUCGCCACGCUCCGGGCGUGAGGCGUGGGCAAAGCAGGUGCCUAUCUGUCGUGCUUGCCCUGUUCCCCGGGUUGCAGCGCUGCUUCCCGGCCGGAGCUGCUCUCCCUGGAACUGUUUGCGUGUCUAUUUAUAGCCCAGGUGCUUUUAAAAGUAAUCGGGCUGGGCCAAACCCACCUCUGGCACUGACGCUUGUGGGGUGAUUUCGGUCCAGAUUUUUCUGUGGUGAAACAGCUCCUCGCGGCUGCUGAGCAAAUGCUGAGCGAGCGGAAGAGCCUCGGGGCCGUCACGUUCCUGGGUUUUGUCCAGCACCCCCAGCUCUGUGCCCGCCGUGGGGUGUUUUUUUUUGGGGGGGGGCUCAACCCCUGCCAGCCCCCUCGGGCAGCGUGCGGCGUGGGGAGCUCCGAGCUCCCGGGCGCUCUCGCCCCGCUGGUGUUUUGGCAGUGCCCUGUUCCUACCUCGCGCACCGUCCUGUGGCACGCAGACCUGCCUGCGCCACGGGGGCACGGGCUGUUUUUAAAUGUAAUAUAACCUGUGUUUUUUAAUAUGUAUGUGUGCGUGUGUGUGUGUGCUGGAGGAGCACAGCCUGGCUGACCCGGCCCCUGUGCUCUUGCUGCUUGCCCAGGGCUGCCGUGGGGGCAGGUGGGGCAGUUUGUGGGUCUCCCCGUGUCCCCCGCACGUCUGGCCUGUGUCAAGGGCUGCUUGCAGGGGUUCGUCGCAGCUGAGGA